AUGACAUUCCUCCUCACUCAUUCAACCUCUUUAUCGCUCACAUCAAUAUCAAAACCACUCCCUUCGCAGAUAACCCUCAAUUCAAUACCUCUUCCAUCCAGAUUCCCUGCUUCCUCCAACUCAAAACCAGAGACGUCAAUAUCUCCUUCAGGUUAUAUAUACUUGUACUCCCACUCAAGUCAUGUAAUAUGGGAAUAUGACUCUAAAGGUAGACGUAUAUCAGAACUUUCUUUUCCCAACGAGAAAGUAAACAAAAGCUUGGCGAUAGGCCAAGUCAAUGGGAAGGAGAACGUAUUGGUGUAUCUGGGGAAAGAGGAGUUGAGACUCAUGGAAAAAGAAGAUGGUAAAUGGAAUUGUAUAAAUACUCUUCAGACUCCUCGAGGACGGUUGACUGCUUUGACUUGCAGUGCAACUUCAACACUCGUAGCUGCUGGAUCUGAUAAAGGGGAAUUGGUAGUUUAUGAUCAAGUAAAAGGAGUGAGGAGAGUAAUUCCUCUUGGAGAUAGAUCCGAUGGGCCUAUAUCGCCUUUGUUGACUUUCGCUCCUUCACUCCCAUCAACACUGCUGCUACCCACCUCAUCAGCGCUUCUGCGACUGACCAUACCCUCUCCUUUUGACGAUAACGCUAAAGCAAUUGACAUCAAAGAACUACCCGUCAAAGGCACCGUCAUCGAUAUCACCUUCUCUCCAAUAGUGGAAUCUUCGGAUGGCAGUAAGAAAGGUGGACUAUGUGCCAUCUUGAAGAAAGGUGGCGAAGUCGCUCUAGUAGGAAUCGAAAGUGAAAGCACACCAAAGACUAUUUCAUUUGAAGAGGAAUUAGUCGGAUUGAUAUUCCUGGAUGGUGCUAAUUUGGCGGGACGGACUAAAUCAGGGUCAUUAAUGGUGAAAGAUCUCAGAGCAUUGAACAAACCUUCAACACCUAUAUCAUGUCCUGAACCGAUUACCUCAAUUCGUCUUUUACCUUCGGCAUCUCGAGCACCUCGACCGUCCUUCGCACCUUCGACCUCCUCUUCUCGCCGAACACCAUUAGGAGAGAGGAAUACUGGGAACUUACCCACUCUACCUCCCGUACCGGUACUCAAACAUGACUUCAAAGGGAAACAACCCAUACGAACGGAUAUCGGUGAUGUUCGGACAGAAAGUCAGAAGACUCAGGCAGGGUUCAGCGAAGAGAAGACGAGGACAAGAAUCGUAUCUACGCCCAUGUCCAAUCUGGUCAACCAGCCUGAAAGAAUCAAGUCUAGACAAUCAACUGGAAGAUCAACUAGUGGACCGAUUGGCCCAUCCUCAUAUCGUCCCCCUGCAGAAGUUCGCAUACCUGAGAGAAUCACCUCUUCUAUCAUUGAAGAAGUAGAAGAAGGAUCGUCGUCAAGUGGCCUUCACAGAACUGAAGCGCAUCAAACGGAACCUAUCUGCAAUCAAGAGGCGCAGUCGGGAGGAGGAGAGAACAAUGAACCUAGCAUACAUUUAGAUUGGGCUCUUCAGCCUCCAGCGAUGAGAAGUGCUCAAGGGAAUAGGAAAGAGGUGACAGCUUCGGAAAAGAUGGAAGAGAUGAGAAGGGAAAUAGGAAAUCUACAACUGGAUAUGUUGAGGAUGGGCAGGGAUUUAAAGAACGAUAUACGUAAAGCUGUACAACCGCUUCUUGCAGAAUUGAAGAGUAACCAAGAAGUAAUAGCGAAGCAAAAAAGGGAGAUUGAGAGGUUACGCAGGGGUUAUUGA